GAGCUCGUUAGUCGAAGAAGAAAUCGAAUCCAAUCCAGUAGCAUAUCCAGGCAUAUUUUAUCCUGUCUCUGUUUUAGCGGGAAAGCUGUCAGUGUGGUGUUUACUUCACGUUAUUCAGCUGGUAAGAUGGGAUUAUUAUCAGACUGUGAAGCGUUCUUCGGCACUCAAAACCUGUAUGAAGCGUUCACCAUAAAGAAAGAAGCCUCAAACAACGACAUCAAAAAGGCUUACCGGCGCUUGUCUCUUCUAAUCCAUCCAGACCGUGUAAGCGAUGCCGAGAAGGACAAAGCCACCAAAAAGUUUCAGGUUCUAGGAAAAAUCCACGCUGUGUUAUCCGAUAAAGACAAGCGCAGUUUGUACGAUGAAACCGGUGCCGUUGACGACGAAGAUACGAUUCUUAGCGACAGGGACUGGACAGACUACUGGCGUCAUUUGUUUCCAAAAAUCACACCAGAAGACAUUUGCAAGUAUUUGGAGGAGUACCAGGGUUCUCCGGAAGAAGCCAUGGACCUCAAGGCGCAUUACGAGAGAUUUGAAGGCGACUUUAACCUGAUAUCAGACUGUCUUAUCGGAUAUGAUUUCGAGGAUGAAGGUCGUUACCGACAAAUGUUGCAGGAUAUGAUUGAUGCUGGUGAAGUAGAAGCUUUUCCCAAGUUCACCAAGGAGUCAAAGCGUAAGCGCGCUGCCAGAAAAGCCCGUUACGCCAACGAAGCCAAAGAAGCUGACGAGGAAUUGGCUGCCCGGGGUUUGAGUGACGGUAUGUCACUGCACCAGAUAAUUGCCCAGAGACAACAAAGUCGUGAGGCUGCUUUUGACGGGUUAAUGUCAUCUCUGGAAGCGAGGUAUUGCAAACCAAAGCCCAAGAAAAGCAAGAAAGGUUCAAAGUGAGCAAAGCUGAAACACACUGCCUCACAUUGUUUCAGUUUGGCUUCCAGACUGUUCAUUUAGUGCUAUUUAUAUCCACAGGCUCAUGCACGCAUAAGAGCUCAUGGCCGUGUACUGUACAAUACUUUUAGGGGUUUAUAAAAGUUUUGAACAAAGAA